AUGGCGUCUUGCGCAGCACUGCUCUUCCACAACUUUCUGUGGGAGCCGUGCGGUCUGUCCAUGAAGGGACAGACCAACACCCCGUCUGUGCAGGUUACGAGCGACGCCAACCCUGGUGCGGAUGUUGGCGCACAGUUGGGCCCCCGCGCAUACGCGCGGGGGCUGAACCGCACGAUCCGGCGCCGCCUCGUAGCGCGUGAUCGCUUCAAGGCCGACCAUCACGACAUCUGCAUGUACAUUGAGCGCUCAAAGAAUGAGAACAUUGUUGUCUAUCGGGCGAACUUGAUUGACUCGAAGACGGGUGAGCCCGUUGAGAGCGGCGCCCACCAGUCCGCCUGCAGCUUCAAGGCCGCGGAUCCGCUGCACGCGUACUGGAUCAAGAUCAAUCCGGAGCACGUGGCUCGUCGCCGCGCUCGUGGUGAGCUUGAAGAUGCUUGCGAGCUCAACAUGAUUGAGCGGAAGCUUGCGUACGGGUGCAAGGCUGUUGUGAUCAGCAAGGAUAGAUUUUUCAGCGAGGUGCUGCCCGACAAGGUGUCCCGCGCUGCCGCGUCGAAGAAGAAGAUGGAGGCAAUCGAACUUCUGUACGACGAGGUGCAGCCGUGCGUGUGCAACUUUGCAGCUCUCUCUUCGUGGCCGGUCUGGAUGCUGCGGUUGCCUCCGCUGGUGGAGGGCAAGGACGCGGCGGCCAGCGUGGCGCUCCACACCGACAGCGAGACUUCUCCGUCGCCGCAGGGUGGGGGCGAGGCUGAGGAGCACGCGCUGCCGACGAUGAACACGGUAGUGGCGAUGGUGACGAUGAUUGCCGGGAAGCUCAGUGUUCUGCAGAAAGUGUACGUGAAGAGCAUUGAGCCAAAGCACUUUUAUCAGCUGCCGAAGGUGGAGCAUAUCGAGGUGCACGGCACGUCGCUCGCGACGGGCGAGUCCACCUACGAGAAGCUCACGAGAUGA